AUGGAAACUUUCCCUAUUUCUCAUAUCCUUCGAUACAUUCCAGAGAAGUCCAAAGACAAAAUUAUCCCGUGUGCACAUGGACCAGGAAUGUUACUGAAGGUUUCCCAGGCUCUAUUUUUAAAUAACUGCCGGAAACAAUCAGAUCUCUUACUGCUUCCAGAGCCUGGUGAGCCAAAAUCUCAACACCUCCUGGGAGUUCAGCAUCACAGGGUUAAGCUGCUUAAAAGCAGAUGCCACUAGCAAAGUCUCUUUAAACCAGAAGAUGUGCUCUGUAAGACCUUGGGCUCACUGAUUUCUGAAGGAAGAGGUGUCUUGUCACUAAAGGACUGGUAACAAGGGGCAGUUGUGGCUAUGCAUUCUGGGAACAUAGGUCAGAAGUAUGGGUCAAUCUUUUUCCAGUCCUUUGGAAAUCCAUUUAUUUUUGCUUAUGGCAUAUUCAUUGAUGGAAAUGACAAAGUAGUAUCAAAAAUUGUAUUCAGGUAG